GCUUUUCACUUGUUUUUUGAAAGCUUUUCUAGAUGUUCGUUUCGGUAACGAACCUAGUUGCUGAAGCAGGUUAUGACGUCCCAGGGGAUAUGACGCUCAAUGAUUUAUUAGCUCUAUGUGCAGUUGAACUCUUCGGAAAGGAGAUACCUCCGGAGCAGAUUGCGGUUUUGAAGGACGGGAAGCAACUUAUGAACUACAAGUCUACUCUCGAGGCACUUGGAAUCAAAGCUGAUGAUGUACUGCUAGUGCGGCUAUUGAACCAACCCCCACCUUCAAGCCAGGUCCCUGCAUCGUCACAGCAACAAUCACAGCCUUUGGCAGGCUUAGCUGGAAGCAACAGGAUAACCGAAUUGAUAAAAUCCAUAAAGGUGCCGCCAAAAACAGUAAAUCCUCUGAGGGAGAACGCGCGAAGAAUUUUUGAGUUGAUGAAGAAUCCUGCACAAAGAGCACACAUAUACUUCAAAGCCAAACCACUAGUAGAUCAGUACACAAAGGAUCCCAACAACUUUGAAGACUUUUGCAAGGCGUAUGAAAAGAUAAUCAAUGAUGAAGUUGAAAAAGCGCGUCUAAUGGCAGAUCCAACUAGUGCCGAAGGUCAGCGUCUCAUUCAAGAGCAAAUUCAACUUGAAAACAUCAACUACUCGUACGCUCAGGCACUGGAACAUACUCCUGAAGCCUAUAUACCUGUUCACAUGUUGUAUAUACGCAUGGAAAUAAACGGUCAUCCUGUGAAAGCCUUUGUGGAUUCUGGAGCACAAGUUUCAAUACUCUCGGAAGCAUGUGCACGACGAUGUGAGCUUUCUCACCUUAUUGAUAGACGUUUUACUGGUACUGCGAGGGGAGUUGGAGGUUUCCAGAAGUUUGUUGGAAAAAUCCAUUCUUGUCAGGUAAAGGUCGAGGAUCACUUCUUUCCUUGUAAUUUCGACGUCAUGGCUGAUCGAGAAAUGGAUCUCCUGCUUGGUCUCAAUAUUCUCAAACGACAUUGUUGCAAAAUCAAUCUCAAGACUAACAUGUUGGAGAUGGGCGACGGAACAAAAACUCCUUUCUUGUCAGAGGCAGAGAUCAAUACGCAUCUUGAAGAUCUGGCUGAAGCAGAUGGCUCAGACUUCAUGGUUGACAGCGAUCUCCUCACUCAAGCAAUGAAUCUUGGCUUUUCCGAAGAAGAAGCUAAAGCUGCGUUGAAAAUGACUAGGAACGACCUAGAGGCUGCUCUUCAACAGCUUUUCUCUAAAGCCGAUGAAAAAGCAAGCAGUAGUAAGCAAACUAAGUGAUAGUUUUCUGUGCUCACUCAACUUGUACUUCAUGCCUUUAUAUACAUGUAAUCACUUUCUUUGUAUACUUGUAAUAAUUUUCUAGCAACAUUGAAUGUGUCAGUACAUCUGGAAACCUCAGUAAUUUAUUGAAGGUAAAUGCUGGUAUUGGUCAUCUUUCGAUUUAUUCGGGCUCCUCAUGUGCUCUGCCUAUAUAAAGUGAUUUUGUCAGUUUUCUGCGGUGAUGUUCUUGCCAUUAACUUGUGCAGAUC